AUGUGGGCCAUCGUGGUGGGCGCGCUCGUCGUCGCUGUUGGGGCGCGUGCUGAGGACAUUUGCGAAGGCCCCGUGGUGGAGCUGCAGCUCGAGUCCCAGGACGGCAGCUUCGUGGAGACGGAGUACGGCGUCGUCGGCGCGUUUGGCACGAUCCCGUCGCUCAACGGCUCCCGCCCCGUCCGCCUGGUGGCAGCAGAGCCGCUGGACGCCUGCGGGCCGCUGGAGCAGCAGCUGGAGGGCGCGGUGGCCGUCGCGCGGCGCGGGGCGUGCAGCUUUGUCGCGAAAUACUUGGCGGUGCUGGCGGCCGGCGGCAGCGCGCUGCUGAUGUUCAACGAUGCGCCGGAGCCCGGCGACCAGAAAGUCAACGGCACGAUCCCUGCGAUCUCCAUCGACCACGAUCUGGGCGCCAAGCUGGUCAACCUCACGCGCGCGGGGCCUGUCGUCCUAAUCAGCGUCGCGCUGCUCGAUCUGCCGCCAUUAGACGCGGGCGCGGCGCUGCUGUGGCUCAUGGCCGUGCUAACGGUCGCUGGCGGCGCGCUGUGGUCGGGCCGCGACCACGCAGAGGGUGUUAAGGCGGCGGCGGCUGCCGGCGGCGACGCGGAUGCGGCGCGGCGUGCGCGGGAGCGCGGCGGCGCGGGCGGCCCGGCGGGCGGCGCGCUUGAUGUGACGGCGGCCGGCGCGGUCGCGUUUGUCGGGGUCGCGUCCGCGAUGCUGCUGCUCCUGUAUUUCUUCAUGGACAAGGCAUUCUUUUAUUUCAUAUUGGGGGUCUUCACGAUCACCUCCGCGCAGGCGAUGGGGGUGGCGCUCGCGGCCGCCGUCGCCGCCGCUGCGCCCGCGCUCGCGGCGCGCGACGCGCUCGUGCCCUUCAUUGGCCCCGUCCCGCUGCCGGCCCUCAUCGCGGCCCCGCCCUCGCUCGCGACGGCCGCGGUGUGGGCCGCGUUCCGCGGCGCCGCCUGGUCCUGGCCGCUGCUCGACGCGCUGGGCAUCUGCCUCAUGCUGCUCGUGCUGCGCACGCUGCGGCUCGGCAGCCUGCGCGUCGCGUGCGUGCUGCUGCCGCUCUGCUUCCUAUACGACGUCUUCUUCGUAUUCAUCCAGCCCCUGCUGUUCGGCGGCGGCGAAUCUGUGAUGGUCGAGGUCGCGCGCGGCGCCGGCGCCGACGAGGUCAUGCCGAUGCUGCUGCGCGUCCCGCGGCUGCAGGGCCCGCCGAUCGCGCGCGGCGGCUACAGCAUGCUUGGGUUCGGUGACAUCAUUCUGCCCGGCCUGCUGGUCGCGCUGAUGCGGCGCGUCGACAUAGACCUGCGGCUGCCGUGGCCGCGGGGAUACUUUUUGCCGGCGCUGGCGGGCUAUGGGCCCGCGCUGCUCUACUUGGUGCCCUGCACACUGGGCACGGUGCUGGCGCUGACUGCGGCGCGGGGGGACCUACGGCGGCUCUGGGCUGAGGACAGCAGCAGCGGCGGCGGCGGCGGCUGGGCGCUGCUGUUGCAGGAGGAGCCGGAGCCCGGCCCGGCGCAGCAGCAGCAGCGCGGCGCGGGCACGGGCGCAGGGGCGGCGGCGUGGCGGGCGGGCGGCGGCGAGGGGUGGCCGGGCGGCGCGGGCGGUGGCGGCGGCGCGCGGCACAGUCCCACGGGGAGCAGCACGCGGCUGCUGAGCAGAGGAGGGUCGCAGCUGGGCGGCGCUGUAUAA